AUGGAGAAUUUUCUGGAAAUCGCCAGCAACAACACUAAGAAGGAUAUAGAGACUUGUGGAGUUCUUGGUGCCAUCAUUAAAGAUGACACGUUUUAUACUACCUCUCUAAUAAUACCAAAACAAGAAUCAACCUCCAAUACUUGUCAAGCCCUACAAGAGGAGAAAAUAUUUGCCAUACUAAAUGGACAAUCCCUCUUUCCAAUCGGAUGGAUUCAUACACAUCCAUCUCAGAGCUGUUUCAUGUCAUCUAUUGAUUUGCACACUCAAUAUUCGUAUCAGGCAAUGAUACCUGAGGCUAUUGGAAUUGUCAUGGCUCCUACCGAUACAUCAAGGGCAUGCGAAAUAUUUCGGCUAUCUGAUGGUGGAAAGAAAAUCCUCAAGGACUGCCCAGAGAAAGGAUUUCAUCCUCAUAAAGAACCAGUUGAUCGGAGUCCCCUCUGGGAUUGCUCCAAUGGCUAUAUUAAUUCAUGUCUAAGACUAGAGAUAUUUUAUUUGUGA